GCUCACCGCUUUGACACAAACCAACCCAGCAGAUCGCUCGCUGCUCUCUCCUCCUAUCCUCUUUCUCCCUCUGGCCUCGUCGUCGCCUCCACAUCCCCCCAACCACCAUGGCGAGGCCGCCGCAGGAGGCGAUCGACACCUUCGUCAGCAUCACCGGCGCGGACGAGGCCGCCGCCGUCCGCAAGCUCGAGGAACAUGGUGGCGACCUUAACAUGGCAAUCAAUGCACAUUUCAAUGAAGGAGACAACGCAGUGAACAGAAUCAGUCAAAACAAUAUACCUGCGAGUCAUGAUGAUAUGAUGGACCUGGAUGGACCACUUGAUAACGCAUUUCGAAGAUCUUUGUUCCCUGAAACUUUGCGUGACCCUUUUGCACUGAUGGAUCCAAACUUUCAGCAAAAUUAUUUUGACAGAGUUGGUUCCACUGAUUCUUUCAGUCAUGGCCCACAGGUUUCGCACCCUAGAGAGGUGAGAGAGAUACCUAUCGAGGUUAAGGAUAGCAACCCUCAAACAGGCACUUCUGGUCAGGCUCCUAUUAUCGAGGAUGUCACUGGGCAUGAAUCUUCAUAUGGUCCUGAAGUUCGUGGGGCUAUUGUAAUUGAUGAUGAUGAUGAGCAGCCAUCUGCCCCUUCUCUUCAUGCUAAUAUUGAUAGCUCAAUACAGUUGAACCCUUCUAUUCCAACUGCUCCUCCAUUGGUUCAUGUUACUGACUAUGACAAUGAUAUAGAAGAGGAAAUGAUCCGGGCAGCAAUUGAAGCUUCAAAAAAGGAUGCUGAGGCAAUGACGAUUACAACAGAGCAAGGAAUAGCUCAGCAGCCAGAGGGAGUAAACAUUAGAGAACAUUCUUUUGAUGAAGACGAGAUUGGAGAUGCAAGUGGAAUAGCUGGAAGGCAAGAAUUUGCUACAGAAAAGGCUGGAUCAUCUAGGCAACCAAUAGAUGAAGAUAGCCUCGAAGAGGAGACUGAAGAUGUGGAAGAGCAGCCAUUGGUUAGACGUCGUUCUAGACGCAUCCCUUUUGGAAACACUGAGUCGGCACAACCUGUGUACACAGUUGACAGCCCUCCCUCAAGUUCUCAGCCUCAAGAUAAUUUGAAUGAUCGCCAGAAUAAUGGAGAUGAUUUUCCAUCAGAGUGGGGUGGCAUUUCUUCUGAGGAGCAUGAUGAAGCUGUUAUGCUUGAGGCUGCAAUGUUUGGUGGUAUUCCUGAAGGACCCAGAUAUCCAUUCUCAAUGCCAUCUCAUAGAAGCUCAAGUCUUUAUCCCCGUGUGGAGCAUGCUCCAUCACCAGCAUUAACUGAACAGCGGUUGUUACGGGAACAGCAGGAUGAUGAAUACCUUGCAUCACUCCAAGCUGAUCAAGAAAAAGAGUUGAAGGCCCAACAGGAGGCUGAGCUCCGUCGCCUGGAGGAAACUGCUGCAAGAGAAGCUGCCCUUGAAAAACUGAAGCAAGAAGAGGAGGAAAGGCGUAAAAAACAACUGGAGGAAGAGGAGCUAGAAUCCAGUCUUGCAUCGAAGCAAGCAUCCUUGCCGUCAGAGCCAGCUGUAGAUGAGGAUGGCGCUGUCACACUUGUAGUCCGCAUGCCUGAUGGUAGUCGACAGGGGCGUCGCUUUCUGAAAUCUGAUAAACUUAGGUACCUUUUUGAUUUCUUAGACAUUGGCAGGACUUUCAAGCCAGGAACCUACAGACUGGUAAGGUCAUACCCGAGGCGUGCUUUUACCACUGGUGAGGGCGAUAUGUCAUUUAGUGACCUUGGUCUAACAAGCAAGCAGGAAGCCUUAUUUCUAGAACAGAUUACAGAAUAGUGAAGAAAGAUUUAGUCAUGGUUAGGGAUACCAUCAGAAAGUCGUGGCUUUUACAUUUUUUAUACUUGCCCAUCUUGCUUUUGUUAGUAAAAAUAGUAGAAACUGGUUUGUGGUUCAAUUGAUAGUCCUCUUUUGGCUGUGUGAAAUGGCGGUGAUGCCGUGAUGGUGAUACUUUGCUCAUUUUGAGUUCGAUGUAAUAUCAGGGUAAACAUAAACAGCAUGGAGCCAGGAUAUUUAUAGGAUGAUAACUUUAGUUAAAACCAUAUGGCAUUGUUCAUUUCAAAGAGUGACGAUGGGACAGUAUUUUUACGA